AUGGCGGGAGAGGAGGAUGCAGAUUCAGCGCUGAUACCAAGCCUCUAUAAACCCCCUGCCUUGUUACCUAUAGCACAACUCAAGGAUCAACUGCUCUACACCAUCGAAACCUACCCGGUGACAGUCGUCGUAGGCGAAACGGGAAGCGGUAAAACAACCCAGAUACCAAAAUUUCUGCUCGAAGCCGGCUGGUGCAACACAGGCCAGCAAAUAGCAAUUACCCAACCGCGGCGCAUAGCAUGUACCAGCGUAGCAGCAAGAGUAGCAGAAGAGCUAGAUACUCCGCUAGGUCAAAAUGUGGGCUAUAGUAUUAGAUUCGAGGACGUUACAUCUGCAGCAACGCAGGUCAAGUUUGUGACUGAUGGCCUACUACUACGCGAAAUGCUCGUUGAUCCCCUGCUAUCUCGGUACUCUGUCAUCAUGAUCGACGAAGCACAUGAGCGAAGUCUAUCAUCCGACAUUCUGCUUAGCUUAUUGAAGAAGGUGUUGCGGAGGAGAGAGCAUCUACGGGUCGUCGUAAGCAGCGCUACCUUGGAAGCAGAGCGCUUUCUCGACUUCUUCAAUCCCGACGAAGGCGAAAAGAUUCACGGCAAGAGCAAGGAGGAAUUUGGCUACAUCUUCGGUAUUGAAGGUCGCACAUACCCCGUUGAUAUCCAAUAUCUCGAGAAACCCACGAGCAAUUAUGUUGAAGCAGCCAUCGACUCAGUCCUUAAGAUACAUGAGCACGAAGCCGCAGGCGACAUACUCGUCUUCUUAACUGGCCGCGAGGAAAUUGACGACGCCAUCGAUCAACUCAGCGAACACAUCGCCGACAUGACACCCUCCCAACAACGCCUCAUGCCCCUUCCCCUCUACGCCGGCCUCCCAACCGAAGACCAAAAUCUCAUCUUUGCAAAACCACCUCCCAACACUCGUCGCGUGAUUCUCAGCACCAACAUAGCCGAAGCAUCUUUAACCAUCGAUGGGAUAGUCUACGUCAUCGAUACCGGCUAUGUCAAACUGCGCGCCUACAACGCCGCCCUUGGUAUUGAGAAUCUUGCUGUAGUCCCCAUCUCCAAAGCGAGCGCCAUCCAACGCGCCGGUCGUGCAGGACGAACACGCCCAGGAAAGUGCUUCCGGUUGUACACCGAGGCCGUGUUCAAUAGCUUAGAGGAAUCUACGUUCCCUGAACUCGCACGCUCAAACCUUGCACCUGUUAUCCUACAGCUUCUGAACUUGGGCAUCACAAAUGUAAUCCGUUUCGAUUACCUUUCUGCUCCUCCCUCGGCCCUCGUAACCAGAGCACUAGAUACCUUGUAUUCACUCGGUGCACUAGAUGAACAUGCUCGUCUCACAAAGCCCCUCGGUACACGCAUGGCUUCACUCCCGCUCGACCCCAUGCUCGCACGCUGCCUGCUCAAAUCGGCUGAAACAGAGUUCUCUUGCCUCUCCGAAAUGCUCACUAUAGCUGCCAUGAUGACUCUGCAAGGCAAUGCCUUCGUGUCACACGACGGUGGCAAGAAAGCUCUAGACGCUGCACGCCGCAAAUUCGCAGUCGCGGAAGGGGACCACCUGACGCUGUAUAACGUAUAUGAAUCGUUUGUGAAGGCAGGGAUUGGGAAUACAAAUUGGUGCCAUACGCAUAACCUCAACCACAAGAGUAUGGUGAAAGCUGUGAGUGUGAGAAAGCAACUCGUCGCGCAUAUCAAUCGCUUCGGGAUCCAAGAGUCCUCCUUAGCCUCGUCGGAUGUGCUUAGGGUGGGUGGUAUGCCGCUUGCCGAGCGGGUCCAAAAGUGCCUGGCCAGCGGCUUCUUUGCACACGCAGCGCGAAUGAAAGCAGACGGCAGUUUUAGUACCGUUGACGGAGAGACUACGUUGUGGGCACAUCCCAGUAGUGUGUUCUUUGCCAGAAAGGUCGACUGGGUAAUUUAUACGGAGAUUACGGAAACGAGGGAUAAGAUAUAUAUUCGGGAUCUGACCAAGGUAGAGAUGGAUUGGCUGAUGGAAUGUGCACCGGAAUAUUAUGAGAUUCGGCAAGGGCGGUAA